AUGGAUGACAUGCAGCUCGAUACGAUUUCUGCAGCAAUGCAGUCCCUGGACAAACCUUUGGCCCUGGAGACAGAGAUAGAGCAGCCACCGCUGCCUGAAAUCUCCGAGCUCCUUGGAUCGAAGGAGAAGCCAUCCCCGGCGACCAUCUCAUCAUUAGAGCUUCUGAACAACUACAGAUCUAGCCACGGUCGCCUGAGUGGAGAAAAGCUGAAUGAAGCAACUGACGGGGUCACCUACCCGACGGAAGGAGGUGAUGAGUUAUCGACGGAGGACUUCAUCAGAAUUGCUGCUGCCCAUUUUGUUCAGAUGUCAACCCAUAGAGAAAGUGAUCCUCGGCAUCCUGCUGGCUUCUUGUCUUUAGGCCUCACGAAUGAGGAAAUCAAGAACGUCGACCUCGCAAGCCUUCUUCUCGCCGCAGCGGAGAAGGUAAGCAACCAGCAAUAUGAUCGGGCUAGCAAUUUACUUCAGGAGUGUCGCAGGCUGUCAUCCGACACUGGCAAUCCAGUUCAGAGAGUUGUUUUCUACUUCGCAGAUGCAUUACAAGAAAGGAUCAAUAGAGAAACUGGAGGGCUUUGUUGGAAGGUUCCAAAGGAUAGGGGAAUGACAGCACAAGAGGUCAUCAAAGCAACGCUAUCCGCCCACCCGGUGCAAGUGGCACUCCACAUGAAGACGCCAUAUGUGCAAAUCAUGGAUUUCACUUCAGUGCAGACCAUUUUGGACAAUGUGGCAACCGCAAGGAAAAUCCAUCUGAUCGAUCUCUCGAUCCAGCACGGGCUCCGGUGGGUUAUUUUGUUGCAAGCUCUGGCCACAAGAUCAACUUGUCCAAUCGACCGUCUGAAGAUUAGUGCAGUAGGUUCAUCAGAAGAGGCCAUCACUGCAACUGGUAACAGGCUGGCAAGCUUUGCUGAAGCUUUAGGCUUGCCUUUAAGUUUUAAAGCAGUGAUAGUUUCAGAUAUUAAGGAUCUCAGUGAAGAUAUGUUUGAACUGGAGGAGGGUGAAGCGAUCGGUGUCUACUCUGCAUUUGUUCUGAGCUUUAUGAUUGUGAGGCCUGACAGGCUUGAGAAUGUCAUGAGAGUAAUGCGUAAACUUAAGCCAUGCAUAAUGACAGUUAUGGAUGUUGAAGCUGAGCUGAACUCCCCAUCUUUCAUCAACCGCUUCACUGAAGCUUUGUUUUUCUACAGUGCCUUCUUUGACUACCUGGCUAGUUUUAUGGAUAGGGAUGACAAAACUAGAAUGGCUACAGAGGGAUCCUUCCUUUCUCAGGGAAUCCGAAGCAUCAUUGCGGCCGAAGGCAGUGAGAGGGUGGUCAGGCAUGUAGGCAUCAGCGUGUGGAGGUCAUUCUUUGCUCGUUAUGGCCUCGUCGAGACGGAGAUGAAUCAGUGGUCCCGUUACCAAGCUAGCCUGCUAGGUAAGCAGUUUGCUAAUGGCCACUUCUUAAGGCUCGACAAGAAUGGGAAGGCCUUGACCAUGGGGUGGAAGGGAACCCCAUUGCUUUUUCUCUCUGCUUGGAAGUUUCAGUAG